AUGUGGAAUUUAAACUGCAGUGAGAGCGAUACAAAAGUCGCCUGCUUAAACCUUGGCGAAGCAGUGCUCACAAUAUCCUCAAUGCUCACAGUCAUGCUGAUUAUCAUAUUUGGUAACUUACUUGUUGUCGUCACAGUGUACCGAGAUAGGAAGUUACGAAUGCAAAGACAAAACUGGCUAAUCGUGAGUCUCGCCGUUGCGGAUAUGCUUGUCGGUCUGUUGGUCAUGCCACUUACUCUAACUUACGAAAUCGUUGGAGAAUGGACGAUGGGGACUGUUCUAUGUGAGAUGUGGCUGGCACUCGACGUUCUUUUUGUAACUGCUUCCAUCUUGCACAUUUGUGCAAUCUCGCUGGAUCGCUAUUUCUCAGUGACACAUCCACUUACUUAUCCAGCAACACGGACUCCGCUCAGGAUGUUUAUUUAUAUUGGAGUCUCUUGGAUUGUAUCUCUUCUUAUUUGCCUCCCACCAAUUUUCGGAUGGCGGCCGGAAAGGGCAGAAGGAGAGUGCUCCGUGAGCACUGAUAUCGGAUAUGUGCUAUACUCGUCCCUUGGGUCUUUCUACAUUCCCGUCGUUAUUCUCAUCAUUGUUUAUGCAAAAAUCUACAGUAUCACAAUACGUCAUAGUAGGCAGAGACUGAAGGAAACUGAAAGACGUGAUCACACAUUGAAUAUGCUUACAAUCCGAAGCAGCACAAAUGAGAGAUACAAUAUGGAAUAUGAAUUAGAAGAAAACUCAGAUCCAGUGGAGGAUGAAAAAGAGAAACCUGCGUCCAAUCGGGAUAUGAUUAACAAAGUUUGCUGGCAACUAAGGAAAAUCUCCGAAGAACUACCAAGACAAGGGGUCAAGAUUGCUCUUGACACAAACCACAAUAGUCCACCAUCAUCUGAUUUGGCACGGAAGAUGGAGGAGAAGAAGUUUUGUGAGAAGAGGAAGAGAAAACUGAAGGCAAAAGAACGUCAAGCUACAUUGCUUCUCGGAAUUAUCUUAUCUGCAUUCAUUUUGAGUUGGCUCCCAUUUUUCUUGCUCUACGUUAUCGGCGCUUUCGGUCACGAGGCUCCACCACUGGUCUUCAAAUUUUUCUUCUGGUUAGGCUACUGUAACUCUGGAAUCAACCCGGUCAUUUAUACUGUUUUCAACCGGGAAUUCAAACGUGGUCUUUGCAAACAACUUCAUAAGUUCGAGAGAUUCAUUCAUCCUCUGAUGGAGUUCUACAAAUGA